AUGAAUUUUAUUACACUAAAUCAAGAUGGAUGGAACCAAGUACGAAGAAGAAAGAAAUACGGGAGAGAGUUCGACAUAAAUGGGAAAGCCGUUACGUUUUAUGUACAAAAUUUCCCCUCAGAUUGGAGUGAAGCGGCGCUAUGGCGGAUGUUCAGCAGGUAUGGGGCUGUUGUUGAUGUGUAUAUUGCCAAGAAGUUGAACCGUUCAAACAAGAUCUUUGGAUUUGUUAGAUUCCUACGGAUUCACGACCCUAAAUCAUUCGAGAAGCGACUAAACGAGAUCAUCAUCGGAACACAGAAGAUUGAAGUCAAUGUGGCGAGAUUUGAAAGAAAAGAACAGGUGUCUCGUAGGAAAAAUCAUCAAGUCAUGAGAGGCCAGCAUGCAGUCCAAACAUCACAACCACAACCAUACGUCAAGUCUUUUGCUGAUGCUGUCAGGGGACCUUUGCCAGUUGACACUAUGGGAGCUGGGAAAUCAAGUAAGGAGGAUGAAGAAGCACAUACAAGGAAAACUAUAAAGCUGAUAUCCUUCCACGAUUCGAAAGAAGCCAUGGAAAAUACUCUAGUGGGGGAAGUAGAAAGCUUCCAAGCUCUCAUGAAUGUGAAAGCUUUCCAGGAAGUGGAGGGAUGCCCGUCGAUCCAGCUAAGAUAUUUAGGAGGCCUUAAAAUGCUUCUUGAAUUCGAAGAUAUAGCAGUAAAGGAAAAGUUUUUGAACGAAGGGAGGGAGAUCUGGCAACCUUGGUUCAAAACGGUAUCAGCCUGGGAAGAGGGUAUAAACUUCAAUGAAAGAAUCGCAUCCCUUAUUAUUCAAGGGGUGCCUCAACAUGCAUGGUGCGAAGAGGCCUUUAGUAUCAUUGCAAACUCGUGGGGAUCAGUGGUCAUCCCAGAAGAAUGCAACACAAGUUCUCCUAAUCUGGCUUUCGGAAGGGUCGGGAUACUUACAUCCCACCCCGGAAUCAUCAGUUCCUCUAUCAAAAUCUUGGUGGAUGGAAAGCCAUACCAAAUAAAUAUCCUGGAAGACAUCUUCGAAUCCAUCAAACUCAGUCUGGUGCUUGCUGCUAAUGAUUUCUACCAGAAAAUGUUAUGGUGA